GCGAGUAAGAUGUUAUGUCCUUAACGGCUUUCCGUCUUUCUCCUGACACGUAGCAACCACAGUGGAGUUGGCAGGGCUCAACAAAGUGUUGUCCAGCUGACAUCACAGAGUAAGAAUGUCGGGGUUUGAUAACUUCAACACUGACUUCUACCAGUCGAGCUACAGCGUAGAUGACCAAAACCAGGCCGGAUAUGGCUACAGCAACUCUGAAAACCCUUACAACAAGCCGUAUGGUCAGUAUGAUUAUUCGCAGCCGAUGGGCUACCCAUCCCAAGGAAUGAUGCAACCCCAGCAGCCGUAUACAGGACAGAUCUUCCAACCCACACAGACCUACACCCCAAAUGCAUCACAGUCCAUGUACAGUAACAGCUUUGAUGACGAGCCGCCACUGUUAGAAGAAUUAGGGAUCAAUUUUGACCAUAUCUGGCAGAAGACUCUCACAGUUCUCCAUCCACUGAAAGUAGCAGAUGGGAGCAUCAUGAAUGAGACAGACCUGGCUGGUCCGAUGGUCUUUUGUUUGGCCUUUGGGGCAACUCUUCUCCUGUCGGGUAAGAUUCAGUUUGGUUACGUGUACGGCAUCAGUGCGAUCGGUUGCCUCGCCAUGUACUGCCUCCUCAACCUCAUGAGUAUGACGGGCGUGUCCUUCGGCUGUGUGGCCAGUGUGUUGGGAUACUGCCUCCUUCCUAUGAUCAUCCUCUCCAGCUUUGGAGUUGUGUUCUCAUUACAGGGCAUGAUGGGGAUUAUACUAACAGCAACAAUUAUCGGCUGGUGCAGUUUCUCUGCCUCAAAGAUCUUCAUAUCAGCGUUGGCUAUGGAUGGGCAGCAGUCGUUGGUUGCUUAUCCAUGUGCUUUGCUAUACGGGGUCUUUGCACUCAUCUCUGUCUUCUAAAAAAAUCUUUGCACAACAGUUUAAAGUAACUGCUCCCCACUUUCUGUAUUUUCAGUCUAAUUAGAAUCAAUGUAAUUAGUGUAAUUAUUGACUAAUUACACAGUUGCUGAAAAAAAAAUUGGAGCCUCCUCGUCUAAAUGGCAUCUAGGAUUUGUAAAAGCCGCCUCCUCUCGCCACAUUCCGACCCGAAUCUGUGAAGACUCAAGUGAUUCGUAUCAUCUAGGAAUCCUCUGCAGCUUGUUCCCUUCAUGCAUCUGAAAGAAGAGUACUGUUAAAUAAAUCUGAUGGAAAAACAACCUGCUGUGGACCAUUUUCGACCCUUAUAUGGCAUCACACAGCCCAAUGAUUUUUAUUUUUUUUUCUAUUUGAGGACAUAAAUGAAGUCAACGGAUGAAAAAUCCAGGAAGUAUAUUCAAUUAACACACCUGGGAACAGAUUCUCAGUUUUUACAAAGACCCAGUAAGAAAUGCCAUAAAAUUAUGAUUUGUAUGAAGAGUUUAUUUCAGGCAAACACCCACAGGAUCUAAAACAGCAACUCUAAGGGAAGCAAUCAACUUCCUGUCUGCAUUGGUCCACAGCUGUUUAUGCUGCUGUUCCUCAGUGGAUGUUUUAUUGCUCAAACCUUUUUAAUCCAUGGAGCCAUGAGUCUUCUUCAUCAGAAAGACAUAAGCUAUGCUGCAUCUUCUGACCUAUUUUAUUUGAUCUUAAGAUAUUCGUUUGAGCAUCGUUGCCAUUCAGAAAAACACAACCACAGUUGCACAGGGGUGUUGUAACAAAAAUAAAUGGAUUAACUAUUGGGAAUAAGUAGUCUGGAUGAAACUCCCUUUUGUCCUGACAUACUUGUUUCUAUACAGUUCUUUUCUAAUUUUAGAGAUUCUUCUCUGUAUGCUUUGUGUAUUCUGUACAUGUCUGCUCAUCCACAUUAAAGUUGGUUUUGAAAGUU